GGCUGGAGGAUGGUCCCUAUUGAUUGGCUGAGGCUGCAGUUACUGCAAACGAACGGUGCGCUCAAAUAUGCGCUCGCGCAGCAGUGUGAGGGGUGACUAGGGUGCUGAGGGUUGGAGCGCGUGCGGUGUUAAUACACAUACACACUAUCAAAAGUCCACCUUUAUCUAACUUUGGAGCUGAGUUAGUAUCCACACACCAGUGCAACGUGAAGACUCAAAAAAGGCACAGACACAAAAUGUUGUGUGUGCGGAAUUCGGGUGACUGCUUCAGGGACCAGAUGCGGUACAUGAUCCGCUCGAUGCAGGACCUGAAGCAGCUGCGGGAGCCUGGUGAACCCAGCAAGCGCUCUUACGCAGUGACACGCGCUUGCCAUCGGAGAGCGAAACAGCGGGAACACCUGGCCCGACUGCGGAUCUCUCAGUCCAGCGAUGGCAGCACUUAUGACUCAGCUUGCUGUCUGGCGAGUCCACUGGAGGAAGAACAGGACGAGGAAGAUACAGUUGGUCAUCUGCCUCAGGGUUCACCAUGUAGUGAGAAGAGCGUGGACUUCGAUUCAGGAUAUUCAGAGGCAUCCUGGCAAGAUGAGGGUGUGGUUCUGCGCCGCACAAGGAACGUACGGGUUUCAUCCUCUGCCUGUGUCCGCACUAACCGCAUUCGGCCCAAAUCGACCUCGGAUGCAUGCCUGGAACGCUGGACCUCAUUUGAGGCCAGUGAACCCGAGGACUGGACCGCAUCCCUUUUGACUAGAGGCCGCAACAGGCAGCCUCUCGUGCUGGGAGACAACAGCUUUGCCGACCUCAUUAAAAACUGGAUGGACCUUCCCGAAUGUCCUGACGUCACUGAUGUAAAACCAAACUCAAGCAGCAAACUAGCCAAAGACUUUCUGGUUAACGUGAGACGGAAACUAGCCAUCAUGUCUAAGGGAAUAGAUGGACGAGGAAAGUCUGCUGAGCCUUGCACAAAGCGGAUGUCAUGUCCUGUAGGGUUUCAGAUUCCAAAGCCUUUCUUUCACCAGUCACACACUGGACUGCACCAGUUGGAAACAGACUUUUACCAGUUCAGUGCCCUCAUGAAGAGUGGGAGCAGACAGCCUAUUAUAUGCAAUGACAUUAUUGGCUAUAUCUAAGGUCUUGCCAUAAAGAAGGAUACUAAAACUGGAUAAUAAUUUGCAUAAUUAUUUUUUUUUACAAAAGUAUGUGUAAAUAAAAUGUAAGGCAGAAUAAAUGUUUUUUGGAAAAUAAAAAAACAGAAUGAAGACUUUGAAAAAUUAUUUCAGGCAUGUAAAGGUUGACUACAGCUGCCACAAACAGUUGUGGACUUGAUUCUCCAUCAGUGAACAGUUCAACAGAUUAAGGCUUCAGGUUAAAAUUAGAAUACAUUUUUUGCAUACAGAUUCGCACUUUCAUACCACAUAUUACACAGUUAUAGAAGGCAAUUGUGUCAACUGGUGUCAUCCAGAUGAGGAUGGCUUUCCUUUUGAGUCUCAGGGAGUUCUUUCCUUCUGUAAAUUCUGGCUUGCUCAU